UUAACUUCUAACUCCUCCCAGUUGUUAUAAAGGAAGAAGAAGGAGCUGUUUGUGUUCAGUGCUGAGUCAUUGAGGUGACUGGGAAACGAAAGAGAAUGGCACAGGAAUACGUGGACGGCAAAAUCCAAGCUGACAAAGUGGUUCUUUUCAUUAAAGCGACUUGUCCUUACUGUAUAGCAGCGCAAGAUGUGCUUAACAGCUACAAUUUCAAACAAGGCCGGCUGCAGAUCUACGAUAUUAGCGGCCAUUCCGAAAUGAAGGAUAUCCAAGAUUACCUACAAAAAAAAACCGGAGCCAGAACAGUGCCUCGUGUGUUCAUUGGGAGUGAAUGUGUUGGAGGUGGUUCAGAUGUUCAGCAGCUGGAAAAGGACGGAUUGCUGAAAGAGAAACUGAGUGCCAUAGGUGUCAUAUAAUCCCAGGUAUCCAAGGCCUGGUUAACAGAGUUACAUGAGAGUACAACGAGAUCUCCCGGAGUGAAUGUGAUGCCUGUAUUCAGUCAGCUCCUGCAAGUAGGAGCUUGAGGGCCAUCUGUGAUUUUCCACAAACGCUUGCUCUUCCUCUGCAUAUAAAUGUAAUAAAAAGAUUGAAAUUAA